AUGAUUUCUAAAGUUUAAAAGCAUCAAGAUGUUGAAAUUACGUAAAAUUUUUAAGGCUUCUGAAGAUCUUAUCUUCAAUGACAUAUCCCGAUUGUCUUUCUCAAGAAGGCCUAGAGCAUUUGUCACCUCUUCAAAACCUUUACUCAAGAACACGGAUGAGAAAGUGGAAGAAACAUGUGCAGAGGUAACAGAAGCAGCUGAGGAAGUUAAGGAAGGAUUCGAGCAGGUUUCAAAAAUGAAAAAAGAUGUUAAAGGAAAGGUAUUGGAGGCAAAAGGUGGUUUGGUAAAGCGGGCAAGGGAAAAUGUGGUCGAUGUUGCUGCCCAAAAAGCUAAAGAAAAAGUAAUAAAAAAUAUCAAAUGAGGAACCUGAUGUAUGUAUCUCUUGAAUGUGUUAUAUUCCAUAUUUUAUCAAACUUAUAUGUUCUCUAAUUAAUACACUUUUGAAUACAAUCGAUAUUCGACUUGUUAUGGG